AUCUUUACCAAUCACCACCUUUAUAAACUCAAAACCUAGUUCGCCAUUUCCCUUCACUCCUCUCACCACCCCCUCCCAUUUACACAUUUCUCAAAUCAAAAGCUAUCUCACCUAUUCAUUUUGUUCAUUCUGUUCAUUAGUGCAUCAACUAGUAAACCAGGAAAAUGACACAAAUGGGACGACAAUGGUGGCUCAAAACCACCACCUCUACAACCGCCGGAGCCACGGCGGUAGACACCCUUUACGGCGGUGGUCGCACCACCAGAAGUUGUAGUUCAACAUCAUCAGAAAAUAAUACUGCAAUGAGCUCAUGUUGUGGGCUAUCAAGAUUAAUGAGGAAGUUGAAGAGACGUAGCAAUAAAAUGUUGAAAACAGCGGCGAGUAGUACUACGUAUACUAGUCGACAAUCAUCGUUCCAAUGUCGGUACGAUCCACUUAGUUAUGCAUUGAACUUUGAUACAAGUGGAACUGGAAGUUUAUUGGACGAAGAUUAUUACAAGUUCUGUGCUUUUUCUUCAAGGUUUGUUGCUACACCAAAAGCUGAUCAUCACUGUCAAACUUUAAUGGCUGCUGCUUCCCACUAAUAUAAAGAUCUAGUGGGAAAAAAGAAAAUUAAGCAAAAAAAAGGGAAACGUAUGUAUCAUUUUAUCAUAUUAUUUCUUUUAAACUUGAUGGAUAUGAAAAUGUUGUAUACGGCUUAUUAAUUUGAGGAUAAGAAAUCCCAAGUUUUGGAGGAACGUAAAGGAAAUGUCUUCAAUCUUUACUUU